AUGUCCUAUCCCUUUGGUAAUCAAUAUUCAGCAGGGAUGCCCAAUGCCAAAUACAAAACGACACUUUGUAGACACUAUUAGGCUACAAGAUAAUGCGCCAUAGGAGUUAAAUGCCAAUUUGCUCAUGGACAAGAGGAAAUGAGAUCCAUAAAUGGUAAUUUUACAAUUCUUAGUUUGUAAGAUCCCAUUCCUUCAGCUCUAAUCACAGUGUUAGCAGUCCCUCCACAAUAUUAGGAAAUUAUGAAGCCAAUGAUGGCUUAAUAACCUGCUUUUAAAAUUCCAUGCAAAUAUCACGCUUAAAAUUAUUGCAAAAAUGGAUAAAAUUGCUAAUAUUCUCAUGAUGUCGAUAUUUAACAACCCAUGAUUCCAAAUAUGAUAAACCCAUAUCAACCAUAAUACUCAUAAGUUGAUAUGAGAUAGGAAAUUAAGCAAGAAGAUCCAAUGACUACUGUAUUUAUCAUUAUAUUAUAAACCAUGGAAUAAAUAUUUUCGAAAGAUGAUAUCAUAUAAAAAUUAAAAAUUGCAUAAGAUCAAGUAAAAUGUGGCAAUUUGGCGGUUGGUUCAGAAUGCAUUAAAGCCAUUAUGACAGAUCCAGAAAGAACAGAUGAUGAGAUAGAAUAGUAUACUACUAUAUAUCAUAAUGCAUGUUAUUAUUAUAAUCAAUUGUAAUAAGGUUGAAAAUUUGUUGUUUUAAAUAUAACAUAAACAUAUAAAUAUAUCGAUUUAACCAA